AUGGCGGCACAUGCGUUCCAAGCCAGAGCGCAGCCAGCUCACCAGCUCCACCUGACGUCGAGGCGGAGACACGGGUUGAGCUCAUUUCGAGCACUAGCAAGUCGAGAUGAGCGUGGGCAUGCCGGGGCUCGUGCACAGCUGCAAUACGUGCAGAAGGACGAAUCUUGCGCCGUGCAGUCGUGCGGAUCUUUGAGCCUCUGCCAUUUGGUGGUCAGAAAGGCCGAUGCAACCGAGCAGCAGCCUGUUGAAAAGUGUGCUUUUCGCGCCGCCGUGGCGAUGUGGAGAGUAACACUUUUUGUCGCGAGCCCAAAUUCACGCUUCCUCUCACCGCACCAUCUCCACCCAAACGACUGCCGCGACGAAAGGGGGGUUGGAACCAUGUCGUCUGCACUCCGCUUUGUGGUGCACGGUCUUUUGGCCACGCUGCUCUACACUGCGUACCGCUUCUACACCCCCGACACAGGCUCCGUACUCGAUCAUCCUUCUUCCGGCUCGCUCGGGUCCGGCGUAGUCCUUUCGGACGGACGGCAGUCUCUCCACCGGCGCACGGUGGCAGUUGCCGAUCUGCACGGCGACCUGCAGCACGCACUCAACGUCCUCUCCAUGGCAUCUCUCAUCUCGGGCAGUGGAGAUUCGAUCGCCUGGACGGGCGGACAUGACGUGCUUGUUUCGACGGGCGAUAUAGUCGAUCGUGGAGACGAUACAAUCGCACUGUAUCGGCUCUUCCAAACCCUCCGUUCCCAAGCCGCCACCGCAGGAGGGAAGGUGGUCAAUCUGAAAGGCAACCAUGAGCUGAUGAACGCACUUGGCGAUUGGAGAUACGUUACCGAGGGAGACGUCAAGUCGUUUGGCGGGGUUCAGGCUCGUCGAGAGGCCAUGUCGGUCCACGGCUGGAUAGGCAAGGAAUGGUUGGAGCAUUACAACGUCACUGCUGUAGUACCGCUGUUGCCAACCGACCACCCCGCACUGCCGAAAGGGUAUACACCACCGAAAGCGAGCUUUGUACAUGGAGGUAUCACCCCGCUCUACGCCGCACGUGGAGUCGAUGCCAUCAAUACCAUAGGCAAGUCGCUCCUCCACAAAGCCCUCUCAAGCACCUCACACUCGUGGCUUCCACCAGACGUCACACCAGAAGAACGCGAGCUCUGGUCGGAAAACGGUCCGCUUUGGUAUAGAGGUUACGCCACAAAUCCCCCCGAAGAGGCUUGUCCAGAUGCCGAUGCCGCACGCGCGAGUCUGGGCGUACAGCAGCUCAUCAUGGGUCACACCCCACACUUUGACGGCUUUGUAUCGAGGUGCAACGAUUCAGUUCUGCUUAUCGAUACCGGCAUCUCGCGUGCAUACGGCGGCGAACAAUCCGCCCUCAUCAUUGAUACAGACCUCACACCCUUCCCUGACCAUAAAGGGCAGUGGAUAGAGGAACAGACCCUCACCGCACUGUACAAAGGUCGCAAACCAAAGAUCCUCACCUCCUCCAAACGUCACAUCCACCUCUAG